AUGGAGUUAGUCCAGCUUCCGACCCACCCUCACCUCUUGAUACCAAGCAACAUGUCGGGUUCCUACUGCGUUUUGUGCCGCCAAGUGGCAGGUUCCUCGUCAAGAGUCGACGGUUACUGGUGCACCGCGUGCCACGUGGGUCACUUCCACAAGGAAUGCGCUGAAUCUCCGAUGGAGCUGAACCACCACCCUUAUCACCCUCCUCACCCUCUCUCCCUCCGCCGCCUCGUUGUUUCCGAAUCUUCGGAUAUGUGCAAUUGCUGCGGAGAUGAGCUCGGAGAAGGUCACUGUCUUAUCUGCAGUUUCAUCAUUCAUCUCCGCUGCGCCAUGGAGCCACCGGCUCUUGAGCCACGUCCCUUCACCUAUGAUGCCUGUGGUUUACUCCUCGAUGGCCCUUCUCUCCCUUGGGUUUGUCUCCAAUGCGGGGUCAUGAUCCAUAGAGAAUGUAUCGACUUACCACGCCUCAUCAGGAUCUCCCGUCAUGAGCAUCGUCUCUGUUACGUUUCCUCUCUUCCUCCACCAGCUCAUGAAUCAUCGUCAUGGUCAUGUGGAGUUUGUCGUAAAGUCAUGGACAGCCGAUACAGUGUGUAUUCUUGCAUCAAAGACAAUUGUUAUUAUGCCGUCCACUCAAAAUGUGCGACAAGAGAAGAUGUGUGGGACGGGAAAGACCUCGAGGGUGUACCCGAAGAAUCCGAAGAUGUCGAGGAGCCGUUCGAGAUUAUAGAUGACAGAACGAUACGUCAUUUCAGCCACGAGCAUCAUCUUCUUAAACUGAAUGAAGAUGGCAACGGUGGCAGCUUCGAUGGAAACAAACAUUGCCAAGCAUGCGCUCUUCCUGUUCGUGUUCACUUGGGCAAUAUCUACAGCUGCACAGAUUGUGAUUGUGAUUUCACUCUCCAUGAAAAAUGUGCAAAUCUACCAAGAAAGAUAUGGUACAUUCUACGUCCCCACCGUCUAAAACUAGAGACUAGCGGAACAGAUAUCAAGAGAUGCGACAUUUGCGCUCAAGACUGUUGUGGCUUCGUAUACAAGUGUUGCACAGAGGACUGCCGUUUCAAAGUAGACGCGAGUUGCGCUUCGGUCUCCGAGCCAUUUAUCCAUAAAUCCCAUCCGCAUCUCCUCUUCUCCGCAUCGAUUUCGACGAGUGAAAAAGCAUGUUCAGGCUGCAAAGAAGGGUUCACCUUUCGUACACUGCAAUGCAUGGAAUGUGACUUCGUCUUGUGUUUCAAAUGCAUAACUCUACCGCCUAAGAUACGGUAUAAGCAAGAUAGACAUCCUGAUCUGGUCCUUCGAGGUGGCGAGGAAGAAGACGUUUGA